AGUUGCCAGUCUGAAGAAAUGGACUGUACUGUAUUGACUCGAUUGUUUGGGCUCGUGUUCGUCAUUCAGUUCACAGGAUGGAUUGGCAGUUCGUCUUCUACACGAGUGAGUCUCGUCGACAAUGGAUACGUCGAUUUGGUAUUCGCCAUCAGUGACGUAGUACCUGAGGAUGAAUCCGACAUCAUCAUUGAUAACAUUAAGAAAAUGAUUUUAGAAGCAUCACCUGUGUUAUACGUUGCGACGGGUGAUCGAGCCUAUUUCAAACGUGUCCAAAUUCUCAUUCCCCAAUCAUGGACGAACGUGAAUGCGACUGCCAGCAGUUGGGAAACGUUCGAAACAGCUGAUGUCAUCGUGGACGCACCCAACCCGAAGCAUGGUGACGUGCCCUACACUCGACAGAAUGGCAACUGCGGCGAACUAGGCGAAAAAAUCCAUUUGACACCGAAUUAUGUGGCCAACCUUGACCUAGAGGAAAACGAUUGGCAUUUUGGGAAACCAGGCAAAGUCUUCGUCCAUGAAUGGGCUCAUUAUCGCUACGGCGUUUUUGACGAAUACGGGGCACCGGGCAACGCCCAAUUUCCAAAUUUCUAUCGCGUGCAAGGCGUGAAGGAUCCAGUGCCCAAUAUAUGUAGUAAUAAACCACCUGUCUUUCGCGUUUAUGAUGUUAGAACAAAUUCAACUACUUGUAAAAUCGAUCCUGCCACGCAGAAUUACGACAAGAAUUGCAGAUUCGAAUUGAAUAAAGUUUUCAAGCCAGAUACAUCUCUGAUGUCCUAUCAUCAACUCGAUUCGGUGGUUCAUUUCUGCAAGGAUGACCAACAACACGCGCACGAAGUGGAAGCCCCAACGAAACACAAUGCCAUGUGUGGAGGUGUUAGCGCUUGGACGGUCAUUAUGCGCAGCCCUGAUUUUGCGAAUAACAAAACUAGACAGGUCGAUUUGGACAAAAUGCCCACGGAGUUCAACAUCGUUCGGUCCGUUGUAUCGCGAUUCGUCCUAGUGGCUGACGUUUCCGACAGCAUGGGAAUCUGCAAUCGCAUUGAUAAACUGGCCGAAGCUGUGCGCUCUUGGAUCAGAAACGAUAUACCCACUGGAAGCAAACUGGGAAUGAUUAUGUUCAGUUCGAUGGCUCAUGUUGUGAGUGAACUGCAGACCAUCACCGACUUGAAAUCACGUCAAGAGAUGAUGAAGAAGGUGCCCAAACAAUUGUUCUCUGAUACUUGUAUCGGCUGCGGCCUCGAUCUUGCUGUCCAGAUGCUUCAAAAUUCGAAUGAUACAGAAAAAGGUGGAAUCAUCCUCCUAGUUACCGACGGAAAAAAUUCACCAGGCUAUCUCGACAUCUGCGACGUCGAGCAGGACAUUAUUGAGGCAGGCAUCCGCGUCAUCACCAUCGCCAUCGGGGAAGAUGCGGACACGAAUAUUGAGCAACUUGCUGACCUCACCGAUGGCAAAAGUUAUUUCAUUAACGACGAUGAUACAAGCGAAGCCCUUCAACAGGCUUUUUCUGGCGCUUACACGUACCAAUCAAAUGUUCACAGCAGCGAUUUGAAGUUUAAAUUGUACGAAGCAACAGUCGAAGCUUCUAAAUUUAAGAUGAACAUCAAUGGCAAUUUCGUUGUUGAUCCGACGGUCGGUCGCAAUUUGAAACUGAGCAUUUUCAAUCUAGAGAAACUGACGAAUUUACAGUCGGUGGAACUGACCGCACCUGACGGUAAUGUCAUCAGCAAGCUCGACUAUGAAACGACCACAGCUUCGGUCACGGCAGACUUGGCGAUGAUCGGCAGAUGGUCCUUCAACAUUAAGUUAAACAGGGCGCAAUCUCAAUCGCUAUUAGUCACUGCUACAGCCCAGAUGCGUCCAAGCGUUACGGCACCAAUCAUGACUGAAUGCUGGGUCCCCCAAGCUGAUUUUAAAAACGCCCGUAACAACCGAAUUCGAAUUCACGCCGAGGUGUGGAAGGGAUCGUAUCCAGUAACGGGCGCCACAGUCAAUGCUUUUUUGGUGAAACCCAACGAUGAGUCGGAAGUUUUGCAGCUGCUGGACAAUGGCGUCAACGCCGACACCGUGGCCGAUGAUGGCGUUUAUUCCAGGUAUUACACCAACGCCACUCAAAAGGGUCGAUACACGGUCAAAUGUCAGGUGGUCAGCAAUAGCGCCACUGCUCAGGGUCUAGGCUUUUUUGGCUCUGCCAACCCUCAGCUUCACGGUAAUGUAAUCGAUGAAAACGACGAAGGAACUCCUCUGACCCGUUUCACUCGAAUCGCUUCUGGUGGAUCAUUUCAGGUAGAAAUGCCCGUGCCGAGUUACGAUGCUUAUCCACCAGGUGAAGUCAGGGAUCUUUCUGUCAUGUUAGUCAAUGAAACACAGACAAACAUCACGAUCGAAUUGAAAUGGACGGCUCCCGGUGAUGAACUCGAUACGGGCACUGUUGCUUAUUACGAACUGAAGUAUUCAGACAUAGCGGCCGACGUAAUGAAUUCAAACUUUGAUGAUGAAUCUUCUGUUCGCAAGAGGCGCUCUGUGAUCAAAGAAGAUGAUCUCGUGGCCGGUUCGCUCGAGCCCAUCGAAGCUGGCACAUUGCAAACGGCCACCUUCUUGUUAUCCGAUAUCGAUCUGGACCGACCUUAUUACGUGACACUACGGGCAGUGGACAAGGCCGGAAAUGCUGGGCAAGUCUCCAACUUGGUCGCUUUCUUCGUGCCGGACAACUCGGCGUUGCUCACUGUGGACGAUUUGAACGGAGGUUUAGAAGAAUCUACCGGAUUUGAAACAAAGGGUAUCAGCUACGUGAAGCAAUCGAGCGUUCACGUCACCUCGUUAUUGGUUGCAGCCUUUGGGCUUAUUUUGAUCGCCUGUCUGUGUGUGGCCAUAUUGAUGGCCAUCGUCAAACACGCCAGAAACCCUCCAUUGUACGCUGGUAUUCCGGCUAGUGAAAAUCGCGAAUUACCAUGUAUUUAGAAACCCAAGAUGAAUAUAAUUUAUCCCUUUUCAAAGCUCU